AUUCUUUAAACAAAAGGGUUUAAGAAAUGUUUUCAGUUCUCACGAGAACACUACUCCAAAACCCUAAACUCUUCACCUUCAACUUCCUUAAACACCAAAAUCCUCUCGCAUUCUCUCUAAUGGCAACUGCUAAUUCUUCGUCUUUCUCACCUGUAUCUUCCCCUUCAAACCAUGUUUCCCCAAAGCGAGUAGGUACUCACCAUGGUAGCUUCCACUGUGAUGAAGCUCUUGGGUGCUUCAUGAUUCGUCUUACAAACAAGUACUACAAUGCUCAGAUUGUGCGUACUCGUGAUACCCAGGUAUUGGAAACGCUUGAUGCUGUGCUUGAUGUUGGUGGAGUUUAUGAUCCUAGUCGAGACCGUUAUGAUCAUCACCAAAAAGGAUUUGAAGAAGUCUUUGGGCAUGGAUUUACUACUAAGCUUAGCAGUGCUGGUCUUGUUUACAAGCAUUUUGGAAAGGAGAUCAUUGCAAAGGAGCUCCAAGUUGAUGAAGAACACCCGGACGUGCAUAAGUUGUUUUUAGCUGUUUACAAGAGCUUCAUGGAGGCAAUUGAUGCAAUCGAUAAUGGAAUCAAUCAGUACGAUACAGACCAGCCACCAAGAUAUGUAAACAAUACCCACUUGUCCUCUCGAGUUGGAAGAUUUAACUUGGACUGGACUGAACCUGAUCAGUCUUCUGAAAGGGAGAAUGAAGCUUUCCAACGUGCAAUGGAUUUAGCUGGCAGUGAGUUCUUGGAUAGUGUCCGCUAUUAUGCAAGAUCAUGGUUACCAGCUCGUUCAAUCGUAUUGGAGUGCGUUUCCGCAAGACACAAGAUUGAUCCUAGUGGAGAGAUUGUAGUUUGGUCUACAUUUUGUCCAUGGAAGCUUCAUUUGUUUGAGCUGGAAGGAGAGAUGAAGAUGGAUCCACCCAUCAAAUAUGUUUUAUAUGAGGAUGAUAGGAGCAAAGGUUGGCGAGUGCAAGCGGUGGCUGUAGCUCCUGACAGAUUUGAGAGCAGGAAAGCACUUCCAUCUCAGUGGCGAGGUUUAAGAGACGAUGAACUAUCCAAGGAAACAGGAAUUCCUGGUUGUGUUUUUGUCCAUAUGAGUGGGUUUAUUGGAGGAAAUCAAACUUAUGAAGGAGCACUCGCAAUGGCAAAAGCUGCUUUGAAGCUCUAGGCACAGAAAUGAUUUUAUAAGCUGUUUUCAGAAAUUGAAUCAUCUCUUUGUGAUUUAUCAUUAUCGCUGUUCAUGGCUUCAGGUUGUCAUUUAAAUUGCACAUUGGUGUUGAAUUUACUAAAGGUUGUCAAAAAAACCUAUACAAGACCAUCCAUACAGUUUACAUAUUCUGAAGGUAUCUUUUGCUUUCACAGCCUAUUGUUAUGUUUGCAGUUGCAGUAAAGAGAAUAGAUUUCAUUGUUGUUC